AUGAACAAGCUUUACAUCGGCAACCUCAACGAGAGCGUGACCCCCGCAGACUUGGAGAAAGUGUUUGCGGAGCACAAGAUCUCCUACAGCGGCCAGUUCUUGGUCAAAUCCGGCUACGCCUUCGUGGACUGCCCCGACGAACACUGGGCGAUGAAGGCCAUCGAAACUUUCUCGGGGAAAGUAGAGCUACAAGGAAAACGCCUAGAGAUUGAACACUCGGUCCCCAAAAAACAAAGGAGUCGGAAAAUUCAGAUUCGGAAUAUUCCACCCCAGCUGCGAUGGGAAGUGCUGGAUAGCCUGCUGGCCCAGUAUGGUACAGUGGAGAACUGUGAGCAAGUGAACACAGAAAGUGAGACCGCAGUGGUCAACGUCACCUACUCCAACAGGGAGCAGACCAGGCAAGCCAUUAUGAAGCUAAAUGGCCAUCAACUGGAGAACCAUGCUCUGAAGGUCUCAUACAUACCUGAUGAGCAGAUAGCUCAGGGUCCUGAGAAUGGGCGCCGUGGAGGCUUUGGCUCUCGGGGCCAGCCUCGGCAAGGAUCACCCGUGGCAGCAGGGGCCCCAGCCAAGCAGCAGCAAGUAGACAUCCCCCUCAGGCUCCUGGUGCCCACGCAGUAUGUAGGUGCUAUCAUUGGCAAGGAGGGUGCCACCAUCCGCAACAUCACAAAACAGACCCAGUCCAAGAUAGACGUGCAUAGGAAGGAGAAUGCAGGAGCUGCCGAGAAGGCCAUCAGCGUGCAUUCAACACCCGAAGGCUGCUCCUCAGCUUGCAAGAUGAUCUUGGAGAUAAUGCACAAGGAGGCAAAGGACACCAAAACGGCUGACGAGGUUCCCCUGAAGAUCCUGGCCCAUAAUAACUUUGUGGGGCGACUCAUUGGCAAGGAAGGGAGGAACUUGAAGAAGGUUGAGCAGGAUACAGAGACGAAGAUCACCAUCUCAUCGCUCCAGGAUCUCACCCUCUAUAACCCUGAGAGGACCAUCACUGUGAAGGGGGCCAUUGAGAAUUGCUGCAGGGCUGAGCAAGAGAUCAUGAAGAAAGUUCGAGAGGCCUACGAGAAUGAUGUAGCUGCCAUGAGCCUGCAGUCUCACCUCAUCCCUGGUCUCAACCUGGCUGCUGUGGGUCUCUUCCCGGCGUCAUCCAGUGCUGUCCCUCCGCCGCCCAGCAGCGUCACUGGGGCUGCUCCCUACAGCUCCUUCAUGCAGGCUCCUGAGCAGGAGAUGGUACAGGUGUUCAUCCCUGCCCAGGCUGUGGGCGCCAUCAUCGGCAAGAAGGGGCAACACAUCAAACAGCUCUCACGGUUCGCCAGCGCCUCCAUCAAGAUUGCACCACCGGAAACGCCUGACUCCAAAGUUCGAAUGGUUAUCAUUACUGGACCCCCAGAGGCACAGUUCAAGGCUCAGGGAAGAAUCUAUGGCAAACUAAAAGAAGAGAAUUUCUUUGGUCCUAAGGAGGAAGUAAAGCUGGAGACCCACAUACGGGUGCCAGCUUCAGCAGCUGGCCGGGUCAUUGGCAAAGGUGGCAAAACGGUCAAUGAGCUGCAGAACUUGACUGCUGCUGAGGUGGUGGUGCCAAGAGACCAGACUCCGGAUGAGAAUGACCAAGUCAUUGUUAAGAUCAUCGGGCAUUUCUAUGCCAGCCAGAUGGCGCAGCGGAAGAUCCGAGACAUCCUGGCUCAGGUUAAGCAACAGCACCAGAAGGGACAGAGCAACCAGGCCCAGGCACGGAGGAAGUGACAGCUCCUUCCUGUCCUAUUGGCUCCAGAUCAGCAGGCAGAACGCAGAACUGGAGGGCAGAGGGCCAGUGUGCUCUUCCCAGCAGGCCUGAGAAUGAGUGGGAAUC